CAUCUCACCCUUCUCUCCUUCUCGCCGUGUCUCCCGCCGGCGACCACCGCACCAGCAGCUCCCGCGCCAUGGCGGACUCGGCUGCGCCCCGCCCCACCGUCCUCGUCACCGGAGCCGGCGGCCGCACAGGCCAUCUCGUCUUCAGCAAGCUCAAGGAGAGAUCCGACCAGUUCGCCGCGAGGGGCCUGGUGAGGACGGAGGAGAGCAAGCAGAGGAUCGGGGGAGCCGACGACGUCUUCGUCGCCGACAUCAGGGAGGCGGACCACCUCGCGCCCGCCGUCCAGGGCGUCCACGCGCUCGUCAUCCUCACCAGCGCCUCCCCGAAGAUGAAGCCCGGGUUCGACCCUGCCAAAGGCGGCCGCCCCGAGUUCUACUACGAGGACGGAGCCUACCCUGAACAGGUGGAUUGGAUUGGGCAGAAGAAUCAGAUUGAUGCCGCCAAAGCAGCUGGUGUGAAGCACAUUGUGUUGGUGGGAUCCAUGGGCGGAACGAAUCCUAACCAUCCACUGAACAGCCUUGGCAAUGGCAAUAUAUUGAUCUGGAAGCGCAAGUCCGAACAGUAUCUGGCAGACAGUGGAGUCCCUUAUACAAUAAUAAGGCCUGGUGGUCUGCAAGACAAAGAUGGGGGAGUGAGGGAGCUUAUUGUUGGGAAAGACGAUGAGCUUCUCCAGACCGACACUAAGGCAAUUCCUAGGGCUGAUGUGGCUGAAGUUUGUGUUCAGGCCCUGCAGUACGAAGAGGUGAAGUUCAAGGCAUUUGAUUUGGCUUCAAAGCCUGAAGGUGUGGGCACACCGACAAAAGAUUUCAAGGCGCUGUUUUCCCAGGUCACAGCACGGUUUUGAGUCACCAGACAAGUAGCGUACUCACAUUUCUAGCUUUUCGACUCGUAUGAGAGGAUCUUGAUGUCUAAGCGGAUAGGUUUGUGCGUUAUGAAGUAUAGACCAGUGUAAUUGUACAAUCGUUUUAUCAAUAAAGCUGAAAAGAACUUCCUGCAA